GCCGACCAAAGUGCACGUGUCGCUCGCGACCGGUUACAGUGAACGUGUGUUGUGAAUGAACUGUCAAUAUGGUGCGGAGCCUGUCUCAGUGGACGAAGACCCUCAGCUUCCCAGCGAGGCUGUCGCCCAACCGCACGUCUAAGGAGAGCGUUAUCAAUGUACAACCUGCCUCUCCGGGGGUGUCCCCCACACCGAGCGCCUCUUCGCUCCCCCAGGGAUCGGAUAAGACCACGACCCCCAUCCCGAUCACAGAAAUCAGCCAAAUCAUAUACCCAGAUCCCGAGUCGGAGAAGGCGAUAAUGGGAUCAGUGGUGUACUGCAUCCAUCACAAGGAUGGAUGCCAGUGGUCGGAUGAACUACGCAAAUUAAAGGCCCACCUCAACACAUGCAAGCACGAUGCGGUGCUGUGCGCUGCUCAAUGUGGCGCGAUGAUCCCCCGCGUUCUGAUGCAGGACCACCUCCGCUAUACCUGUCCGAGGCGAAGGGCCAAUUGCGAGCAUUGCCAUAAGGAGUUCUCUGGCAGCGCUUUGGAGGAGCACCAAGGCAACUGUGGUCACGAGCCGGUGUACUGCGAGAACAAGUGCGGCGCCAAGGUCCAGAGGCGGCAUACACAGCAGCAUUUGCAACAGCACUGCAGCAAACGACUCGUGCCUUGUAGACAUUGUAAUCAGCGUUACACCCAGGAUACAGUCGCAGCCCACGGCGCCGGCUGCGCGCGCGCUCCCGUGCCGUGCCCGCAGCGCUGCGCGGCCGCGCCGCUCCCGCGCGACGAGCUGGACGCGCAUCUCCGUGAUCACUGCGCAGCCGCUGGUUUGGCCUGCGCGUUUAGGGACGCUGGCUGUCGGUUCAAGGGUACCAGACAAGCUCUAGAACGGCAUACAGAAGACAGCUGCCAACAGCACCUAGCCCUGGUUUCUUCCCUGGCCAGCAGACAAGCCAGGCAGCUGGAAAGUCUCCGCGCGGCAGUUUCCAGGCUAUCAGUAAACUGUUCCGGAGUCCUUGUAUGGAGGAUCACGGACUGGGCCGCCAAGAUGGCGGACGCUAAAUGCAAAGAUGGCGUCGAGUUGGUGUCACCCAUUUUUUACACGAGCCAAUAUGGAUAUAAGUUGCAGGCGUCUCUAUUUCUGAACGGUAACGGCGCUGGCGAAGCUACCCACAUGUCGGUUUAUAUCAAAAUUCUGCCCGGCGAAUACGACGCCAUCUUGCGGUGGCCAUUCGCCCACACGGUCGCCUUCACUCUCUUCGACCAGAGCUCCAACCCUGACAGAGCCUGCAACAUCGUCGAGAGCUUCGUACCUGACCCCACGUGGAAAAACUUCCAGAGACCCUCAAAAGAGCCUGAUGCAUUGGGCUUCGGCUUCCCAAGGUUCGUCUCCCACGAGAUGUUGAAGAAGAGGAAUUUUAUCAAAGAUGACGUCAUGUUCUUGAGAGUUAAAGUGGAUCCGAGUAAAAUUGUAGCUGUUUAAUUAAUAGAUAGUGUUGCAAUUUUUUGAUAGUGUGGUCCAAAGUUUGCAAACAGAAUUCAAUCAAUUAACAAAAGGUUCCGGUUAUUUUUAUUUCUAUACUAAAACAGAUUGAAAAUGUCUGUUUAAUUUGCCAUUUCUUACUAUCACCGUCACUCACUGACUUAUUGGUCAGGAAGAGACACCAACAGAAAAUGUUUCGUUGAAAAUAAAUAGAUAACUUCACACCACAUUUCUAAAACAAGUCGGAUAAUCUUCGCACAGUCAUUGUUAUUUAGUAAUAAGUAAUUUAAAAGUCAUAGUUUAAGCUGUACAUAUUAGUCUAAAUGUAUAAAUUGUACAUAAUUAGUUUUAGAAGCGCCAACGCGAUUGUUAUCCUUUCACUAAAGAUCUCUUGAGUUUCUUUGCCGGCUGAAGAACUAACAUGCCAAAUAUCGUUUUAAAGGACACCUACUUAUAUAUACUGCAAUAUAAUACAGUUAUAAUUCCUCCAUAUUCAAAAGAACUCCAUCAGAUUCAUUAUUUAUUCACUUUUUUUUUAAACCAGGCUUAGUUAAAAAUUGUUGCGUCAAAUUAACCGUCAUAUUUUGUUAGUGACAUGUGCUUACCUUAAAUUAUUUUUUCAAUUAUUAUUAAAAAGUCUCUUGAAUACCAUAUAUAAUAUACCUUUGAAUGUGACGAGAUAGGUAUUUAUUUCUUUUUGAUGACAAAUUUUUUGAAUACAAAUUCGCACACAUUUUUAUAGGAUUCUGCAAAAAUUGUGUGUGCAUAACUAAAUAAACAAUUGCUCAAACGCGUUUUUGACAGCCUUACGCAAAAUAAAUUGAA